GCCUCUGACUCGCUGCAGCGCUGCUGGGCCCGAAGCAUGAGCGACUCCGCGGGAGAGGGCGCUGGUCUCCGGCGCUACCCCGAGCUCCCGGUGUGGGUGGUGGAGGAUCAUCAGGAGGUUCUACCUUUUAUAUACCGAGCCAUAGGCUCCAAGCAUCUUCCUGCCAGUAAUAUAAGAUUUUUACAUUUGGACUCACAUCCAGAUCUUCUUAUUCCUGUGAACAUGCCAGCAGACACCGUUUUUGAUAAGGAAACACUCUUUGGAGAAUUGAGCAUUGAAAAUUGGAUUAUGCCUGCAGUUUACGCUGGCCAUUUUUCCCAUGUAAUAUGGCUGCAUCCCACAUGGGCUCAGCAAAUCAGAGAGGGCAAACACCACUUUUUGGUAGGCAAAGACACUUCUACCACAACAAUCAGGGUUACAAGUACAGAUUAUUACUUCCUAAGCGAUGGUCUUUAUGUACCUGAAGACCAACUGGAGAAUCAAAAACCUUUACAAUUGGAUGUGAUUACAGUAAAGUCUUACGAACUCUGUAAUAAUCAAGAAGAAGUUGAUGCAGCAUCUUCUGCUAAGAAACCAAAGUUAACCCUGGAAAGUUCAGGACACACUGCAUCUACUAACUCUGACUCCUGUUCAGAGGGACUGGGAGUGGACAUAGUGCCACAGCCAAGCGGCCAAACUUGCCUAGAGCCGUCAUGUUCUUCUGCUAGUCAGGAAUGCCAGACUACAGCCAGCACCGGAGAAAUUCUGGAAAUUUUGAAGACUGGGGAUGCGUUUGUUUUAGAUAUUGACUUGGAUUUUUUUUCAGUCAAAAAUCCCUUUAAGGAAAUGUUUACUCAGGAGGAGUAUAAAAUCUUACAAGAGCUAUACCAGUUUAAAAAGCCUGGCACCAACCUAACAGAGGAAGAUUUGGUAGAUAUUGUUGAUACUCGAAUUCAUCAAUUAGAGGACUUAGAAGCUACUUUUGCUGAUUUGUGUGAUGGUGAUGAUGAAGAGACUGUGCAGCGGUGGGCUUCAAACCCUGGAAUGGAAUCACUGGUUCCACUUGUACAGAGUUUGAAAAAACGGAUGGAAGUGCCAGACUAUGAAAUGGUUCACCAGGCUGGUCUAACCUGUGAUUAUUCAGAACUUCCUCAUCACAUCAGCACAGAACAAGAAAUAGAGUGUCUUAUUCAGUCCGUGUAUUAUUUAUUAAAAAACUUACCAAAACCUACUCUUGUGACAAUUGCAAGAUCAAGUCUGGACGAUUACUGUCCUCCUGAGCAAGUUGACACCAUUCAAGAAAAGGUCCUCAAUGUCCUACGCUCCCUCUAUGGGACUCUGGACAUUCACCAUGUGUAUUCAGAAGAGUCUUCUCCAUCUUGAAACAACACUAGGUUCCUGUUACAACUUGACGUAGUAACAGGAUUUUCACUAAUUUAUUUGUAAAUGCGACUUCCAGAGAACACUGUUUUCAUGUUAACUUUCAACUGAAAUAUUUCAGGUAUUUUGAGUCUUCAAACAACCACCCUCAAUUGUUGAAUGAUUAUAAUUUUCUAGAGUUCAAGACUAGCCUGAGCAAGAGUGAGACGCUGUCU